UCUGCAGUGAUGGAUAACACCACGAUAGAGACGCUGAUCAGUAUAAACAAUGAUGAUGAAGAAGGCGACUGCAACGCGUUUCUUAGCGGCAUCAAUCAAAGUGUACUGGAGGCGUAUUGCAGUAUGCGAGCAUACGAAAUGCUAGGGUCACCCCUGAACAUCUUCAUGUACAUCGUCGUCUUGACUGGCGUGGUAGGCAACGUGGCUCUUCUGACUGUCAUCCUCAAGAACAGGCCCCUGAGGACCACACCCAACAUGCUAGUCAUCAAUGUUACGUUGGGAGACCUGAUGUACCUUAUAGUGGUCGUGCCUACCAGACUCGAGUAUCAAGUGGCGUUCUGUUUCCCCGACAGUGAGCCGCUAUGCAAGUUUGCAAGCGCUUGGCAGGUACUGGCGCAGGGCGUGUGUAUCUUCUCGAUCAUGGCUGUCUCCUGCGAGCGUUACGGAGCUAUCACCCAGCAUCUAGGCCGCAGCUUGUUCAGAGGCUCUGCUAGGAAAACCGGCUUCUUGAUUGGGCUAGUCUGGCUGGCUUCUCUGGUCAUAGCUGUCCCAGUUUACGCAACGGCUUCCUUGCACGGAGGCUUCAUAUGCACGUACCUGCCACAUUUCACGCCAGUGGCCAAGGGCUACGUCACCGUGCUUUUGGUCUGUCAUUAUAUCGUGCCCUUGCUGGUCAUCACGAUUCUCUAUUCACGAAUGGCCCACACGCUGAUCCGAAGUGCGGAUAGUUUCCGAGGUGAGAAUCAGCCCGGAGCUAAGCAGUUCCGCGCCAGGAGACGGCUGGCCAUCAUCGUUCUCGUCAUCGCUGUUUUCUUUGGUGUCUUUUGGAUGCCCUGCUACAUCUACAACAUGUACUAUCAGUUCGCCGUAUCAUGCGACACUAUAAGUGACAAAGACCAUAUAUACGAAGAGCUGCGUUUCUUCGCCGCUUUGAUCAACUCAUGCUUCAACCCAUGGAUCGUGUUCAUCAUGAGCUCCACCCAUCAGAGAAUGCUGAUGCGAUGUAUCUGCUACCGGGAGCCAGGCUCUAGGACCACAGAGCGGCGUACCAACAUGACUACACUCCGCUCCAAUAGCUUCAUGAACAGUACCAAGACAAACUACACAGAAAUAACCUCAAGUAUGUGAAAUGCAAACCAGCAUCUGGUUGGGUUUGGGUUAGCACAGGCAAAUACUGAACCCACGGUCUAGAAUUGUUUCUGUCUUUCAUUUGGGGUCUCAAUUCGGUCUUUGCACGAAAUCGUUGGAACAAAAGCGAGGUUGUAAAACAAGGACCUAUUGGCGUCGUUAUCAUGUGAAGCUGAUAAGUUAUUACACAUUAAGAACCCAAACAGGUGACUCAAGCGUAUCUGUUGCCUCGCUUUUAACCCAACCAUGCAAGAAGCCUCCCAUGAUGCAUUUCAACACCCAUAAGCGUGAACAUUUACAAAUCUAUGCUUAAAACAAAUGAAUGUCCGUGCAUGUGUAUGAUAAAUUUGAAAUACGGGGAAAAAAUUAUAAGUUGAACAAACAUU